CCGGAGUUCUGUGAGCACAGCGGCGGAGCAGGGAGAGCCAGGAGCUGAGAGCUGGGAGGGCCAGGAGCUGAGAGCGGGGACUGCCAGGAGCUGAGAGCGGGGACUGCCAGGCCGAUCACUCAGCCCAGUUUACGGGCUGCGUGACUCACAGCAGAGGGGAAAGCAGCUGGGGCUGUCUCUGUAACGUCUCUCUCCCCGCUGCCCUGAAGGAGAGAAACAGAGAGGAACCUUUCUAAAGAGCUUUUCAGAAACCCGGUCGGACGUGCCCGAACGAUGGCGAGGGUUUAACGGCGCCUGGUGCGCGGACUCUGACCGUUUCUCCCGGAUACCGAGCCUGUUCCGCCACGCCGACCCGCGCCACUUAGCGCCGACGUUAGCCAUGGAGCAGCCCGCCAGCAGCUGCAUGAGGAGCGGGGGCGGCCCCGUGUGGGGGUGCGUUCGGAACCCGCACGCGGGGGUCCCCGGGGCGGGGCUGCCCCCCUACCAGCAGGUCCCCUUCUCCCUGCACCAGAAGCCCGAGUUCCUGGCCUACACGGACUUCCCGGGGCACUGCCUGGGCCCGGGGGCGUACCCGCGCGAGGAGAGGCCGUACGCCGAGCCGCACGGCGGCUUCCCCAGGGCCGAAUGGCCCUUCCCCGGGGGCGAGCCCCAGGGCCGGGGCCCGGAGCCCUGCGCGGCCGCCGUGGCGGGAGUGGGGGUCGAGGGCAUGGGGGAUACAGGGGCCCUCGCCAGGGGCCUGGAGGGGGAGCACCCCGCUCACAGCCUGCUGCCCACGGAACACGAGAAAAAGGCGUCCAAGCGGAAGAAGGACUCCACAGAAAACCAGGACCCCGGGUUCAAGGCCGACCCCAACUGCAAGGCCCGGAAGGAGAGGACGGCCUUCACUAAGGAGCAGCUCCGGGAACUGGAGGCCGAAUUCUCCCACCACAACUACCUGACCCGACUGCGUCGCUACGAGAUUGCCGUCAACCUGGACCUCACUGAGCGACAGGUAAAGGUGUGGUUCCAGAACCGUCGGAUGAAAUGGAAAAGGGUGAAAGGGGGACAGCCCGCAUCCCCCAACGACCUGGAGGGUGAGGAGGGGGACUCCGCAGCCUCGCCCAGCUCCGACUGAACAAACUGGACCGCCAGACGAGGCGAGCCAGGCGCCCAGCAGACGCUACCCGGCUACAGGUGUUACAGUGGCCAUCAGGGCAGGACCCUGGAUACAAAGACUUCUGAAUCCCACUGCAACUGGUUCAGACAUGCAGUCUAUGGCAUACUUUCUGCACUGUAUAAAUGCUUUUAUUUGAGGGGGGGGGGGGGGG